AUGGAUCCCUCCUCUGUUGGAUGGAUAAAAUGUAAUACUGAUGGUGCUUAUGAUGACAUUUCUGGAGCUAAUGGUGCAGGAUAUGUGAUGAGAUAUUUCUCCAAUAAAGCUUCCUUUUGUGCUUCCCUGGUCUUUGAUGUUUUGUCUGUUGAAGAAGCUGAAGCCAGAGCUAAUUGGGCAGUCCUGAAGAAAGCCUUGGAGCAAUAUUUAACUCAUGUCAUUGUGGAAAGUGAUGCUAAGACUCUGAUCGACCAAUUUUCCGCUGGCCAGUUCGAUGGAGAUUCGCGUACGGAUGCUAUUUUCAAAGACAUUCAUUUUUUCUCUUCUAAAUUAGUAUCUUGUAUCUUUAGUUUCCAACCACGUGUUUGUAAUUCUGUAGCCCAUGAUCUAGCUCAAUAG